UUGACUUUGUAACAUAUGUUGAGGCUGAAAACGAGAUUGACCUCGGGGUCACUAAAAUGGUUUCCUCUGUACGUGGUAAUCUUUCAAACUUUUGACACAUUUGUAAAUAUCAUUUGCAAACAGCCUAGAUUGUACUUAAUCAGAUGUGAAGUGAACACAAGGAGAAUGAGGAGGAACACGGUGACUCUGCUGAAGUACUUGAUUGUGGGAUGUGUCAUAGUGUUAGGGGGACCACUUAUUCUAAAGAAACUAUUUGGUUCAGAUACACCCCCAGAUCUGUAUAUUGAUGCCCGAAAUGUACUGCCGAAAGUUCAGAAAAGCGGAAAGAAUCCUUAUGCAGGAGAUCCUUUAAAAAAGAUUGAUUGGCAUGACUAUAAAAAAAUCGCGGAGGAUGAACAAAGAACAGGGCCAGGAGAGCAGGGUCAGGCCUUAAUACUCUCCCCCGAUGAGGAGAAAAAGAAAGGAGACCUGUACAAAGUGAAUGGCUUCAAUGCGUAUGCCAGCGAUAAAAUCUCGCUGCAUAGAUCUCUCAAAGACAUUCGUCAUUCUGAUUGUAAGAAGAAGAAGUAUCUGAACCAUCUGAUGAAUGCCAGUGUGAUUGUUCCUUUCCACAAUGAGCACUGGAGCACACUACUGAGGACGGCGUGGAGCGUGCUCAAUCGCUCACCUAAGCACCUCAUCCACGAGGUGAUACUGGUGGAUGAUUACAGCUCAAAGGAGCACUGCAAGCAACCGUUGGAUGACUAUGUGAAGGAACACUUUACCAAUGUGAAGGUGGUUAGAGCCAAGAAGAGGGAGGGUCUGAUCCGGACCAGACUGCUUGGGGCCCGGGCAGCCACCGGACAGGUUCUCAUCUUCUUAGACUCACACUGCGAGGCCAACAUCAACUGGUUACCUCCCUUACUGGAGCCAAUAGCAGAGGACUACAAAACAGUUGUCUGCCCAUUCAUUGAUGUCAUUGACUUUGAGAACUUUGCGUAUCGGGCUCAGGAUGAGGGAGCGAGGGGGGCGUUUGAUUGGGAAUUCUUCUACAAGCGCCUACCUCUUCUGGAGGAAGAUCUCAAACAUCCUGCCGAACCAUUCAAGAGCCCAGUGAUGGCAGGUGGGCUGUUUGCCAUCAGUGCCAAGUGGUUCUGGGAGAUGGGAGGUUAUGACCCGGGCCUGGAUAUCUGGGGAGGAGAACAGUAUGAACUCUCAUUUAAGCUCUGGCAGUGUGGAGGAAUGAUGGUGGAUGCCCCUUGCUCCAGAAUCGGACAUAUCUAUAGAAAGUUUGCUCCAUUCCCCAAUCCUGGGGUUGGAGAUUUUGUAGGAAGGAACUACAGAAGAGUUGCGGAGGUCUGGAUGGACGAAUAUGCUGAGUAUUUAUACAAGAGGCGGCCUCACUACAGAAACAUUGACCCUGGGGACGUGUCUGAACAGAAGGCCAUCAGGGACAAACUUCACUGUAAACCAUUCAAGUGGUUCAUGGAGGAGGUGGCCUUUGAUUUACCCAAAUUUUACCCCCCUGUGGAGCCCCCACCAUUUGCCAGUGGAGAGGUUCGCAACAAAGCAGCAAAUAUGUGUCUAGAUACAAGGUACAAAGGUCAAAAUGAAAGAUUUGACCUUCAGCCUUGUCUCAAGGAUGGAAAAGGGGGCGGUGAACAGCAAUUUGAGUUCACUUGGCAUAAGGACAUCCGUCCCGGGAAGAGAACUGUCUGCUUUGAUGUGUCUCAAUCUAUUAAGAAAGCACCUGUUAUUUUAUUCAACUGCCAUGGAAUGGGUGGCAAUCAGAGGUUCAAAUAUAAUAUAGACACACAGCAGAUUUACCAUGUGAUAAGUAAUCAGUGUUUAGACUGUGAUCCUGACAGACAUGAAAUAUUCAUGAACCCCUGUGAUAAAACCUUAGAGACCCAGAUGUGGAAAGUGGAGCAUGUCCACGAAGACGAAGUCCGUAAAGAAUGGGAUGCUAAGUAGACAACGUUGUGUAUAAGUGGAGAAAUCCACAAUUCGGUUCCUUAGAAAAAAAAGUUGAUAGUCGACCAUUUUGAAUGCGUGGAGCAUGAAUAAUUCGUAGAUAGGGAACUACUUUUGGUUUUAUUUAUUGUUUAUUCUGAUAUGGAAAAAUUCUUGCAUUGGCUAUUCUAUAACAUAGAGCCCUAAACACAUCACUGAUUCAUUUUUAAUUUCAUCAAAUUUUAGGUUAGUGUAACCCCAAGAAAUCAUUUGAAGUGCAUUUUCCCCAAAUCUUUAUAUUGUUCUAACAUUCAUGUAGAUAUUGGUUUUCCAUACCCACAUAGAUAUAAAAUUAUUGUUCAUAUUCAGCAGAACCUAGGAUCUGUUAUUUUGUCCAUGUAUAUGAAUUAUAGUUUUAUUCCUUAGGUACUUGUGCUUUAAAUUCAAUGAAGAAGUUGGUCCCUGGUGCUGCUGAUGCAAUUUUUUUGAAUGGAUAUUGGUCAUGACUUUGAAAGUUGUGUUAAGAAAUUCAUGCAUCUAUGCAAUUUACAUUUUUUCCUUCUCUUUUUUUUUUUAUUUAUGUUUAGGUGAAGCGUUGAAAUUAUUUUUGUUUAUUGCUUUCUUUAAUUUACAUAUAUAUUGACAAGACCAACUUCAACUGUUCAUUUAGUUGCAAUAACUUAAUUCUUUCAUAUUAAGGAUUAAGUUCUUUCUGUGUAUUUUAACUCACUUUCCCUGUUUUGAUACACCCAAAACUUUUAAUACGUUACAACUCACUUAAAAUUAUUUGCUGAAUUUUUCAUUUGUCAGUUAUUUGAUCGAACAAGUCACAGUGAUAAAUCUUGUGAAAAAAUGGCAGUUGUUCUUCAUACAGUAUUUACUUAGUAAAGAGUCACUUUUACCUAUAUGAAGCGUAAGAGUUCUAGACAUUGGGAUCAUCUUAAGAUUUAUAUCUAUAUGUAUUUCAAAAAGAAAAAAGUCCAUUAUUUAACAAUGGAUAUGAAAAACAAUGUACAUCUCUUUUUAAAUAGAAGGUUUUAUGUUGCAAAAGGUUAUCCGUACAAAUCAGUAUUAAGUCUGACGUUUGUUGGCAAGCACUAAAAACAGAAUAUUUGCACUCUUUGUUUAAUUGUGGAUGUCACCUUUUCAAUAAAAUAAGAAGAUGUAUUCUUCUUCUCUACUGUACACUGUAUUUAAUAUUUAAUUAACAUGCCUUGUGGUCCAAUUGAUUUGUUUUUAUAUGGAGAUCUUGAGUUAACAGGAUAAUAAAAAGAUGUAUGUUUAAUAGAUUGAUGUAUUUUCUGCUGACUAUUAAUUUAUUAAGAAAAUUGUGCUGAAGGGCUCUGUAGGUUAACCCUUGAAUAUAAUGCUUGUGUAUUGUAAAUGGGUGCUACAUGUUUUUUUCAGUACUUGUUUAAUUGUUUGUUAGUGUGCAUAUUUAUAAUAUAAACAAAACCUGUAAGUUUUGUGUUUAUAUCAUUUACACCGAUGAUGUUAUUUAAAAUAAUUUUGUGCGUUAGAUUUCAUGCACUGGGUACUUAAAUUUUUUUUAAUAUAAUGUUUUUGAUUAUUUAUUACUCCAUUUAUAUAUGAAAGUACAUUUUAGCUUUUUCCCAUGACUUUCUUAGAUCGAUGGUUAUAUUUUAUAGUAUAUUGUGUAAUACUUCAUUCACCUUAGCCAAAAUACAUGUACAUUCAAUUUGUCUAAGUUACCAUCAAAAGUUAAGCUAUGUACAAUCUCACCUGUUUUAUUUUUGCUAAUGUUUGUUGCCUUAAGUUUAUAUCAUUCCCUUUAAUUCCUUAAUUUUGUUAUGAAUUAUCAAUAAGUGAUUCAGACAUUCAGUCUGUUUACAUCUUUUGUGUCUAUGCACGGUUUCUUUGAAGUCUUUUUUAUGUGAAAUGUUCUGGACAAACAUUUACAGUAUAUGUCUAGAUAAUGCGAGAUACAUUCCAUUCCACUGUUAUCCAUACAAUGGAUUUUGAGAAGCAGGCCAAGUUUCAUCAAGAAAAAUUUGAAGUGUUUGAUAUAUUGUAUAUUUAAUUUUUUUUAACACAUAAUUUAAAUGAGGCAUCAAAGUGUGGAAUACAAUAUUAGCUUCAACUUGAAAAAGGCUUGUUAUAAAGUCAAUUGAUAUGAUGCAUUGAUUGUAUUCGAUUCACUGUUCCUUUUUGAAUGUUAAAUGGAGUUGAUGUUUUUGUUUCAAACAUGACUUUAAAAAUUUGUUUUUUAGCCAUAUUUCUGAAUCAAAACCCAGGAACUGUGAAAAAAAUCCUUUUUUAAAAGCUGCCUUUUUAUUUUUCAUUGCGUUAGGGGAGGGGUGAUGAAGAUUUAUCUUUCUGUCUUAUGGUAACAGCUAAUCCAUUGUUAAAUUCCUGUACAGUUGAUUCAUGUUCAGCUUUAACCCCUGUACCACUUACAGACAAAUUAAGCUUUACCUUGAACUUCAUAAACUUUAAAGGGGCAAAAGCAAUAUUCAAAAUGACCCUCUUUUUUUAAGGGGGGAUUGUGAAUAAUGUAGUAAAAUUUAAAUUAAGAAGUUAAUGCAUUGUCUCAAGUCAUGGUCCAGAGUCCACAUAGCUCUCUCUAGGGGGGAGUAGAGGAUUGUACAUAUUGGCCAUGGUUUGAGACUGUUAAGUUAAUGGUGCCAUGAAUUUUCUUUUUUGUUAAUUUUGAUAACAUCAACAUUACAUGCAUUUCAUAUACCAAUGCAAGACAAUUAAGAAUUGAGUGGAUGAAAAGAUUGUGGGUUUUUUUUAUUAUUGGUAUAAAUGACCGAUAUAUCAAAUCAAAUAAGUUAUUGUAUGGGUAGUUCUGUAUAUUUAGGUCAGUAAUUGAAGAGUGUCUGGGGUUAUUUGUCAUCAAACCAAGGGACA